AUGGCUUCCGAAUCUGUGAAACGACAUUGGUCUGUUGAAGAUUUUGAGAUAGGGAAACCCCUUGGCAAAGGCAAAUUCGGCCGAGUUUACCUCGCCCGUGAAGCCAAGAGCAAGUAUAUAGUUGCUUUGAAAGUGAUAUUCAAAGAGCAGAUUGAAAAGUACAGAUUGCAACACCAGCUUAAGAGAGAAAUGGCGAUUCAAACCAGCCUUCGUCAUCCACAUGUUCUCAGGCUUUACGGAUGGUUUCACGAUGCAGAAAGAAUCUUCUUGAUUUUGGAGUAUGCUCAUGGAGGUGAGCUUUAUGGGCAGCUUCGUAGAUCCGGUCAUCUCUCCGAGAAACAAGCUGCCACUUACAUUGCUAGCCUUACCCAGGCACUAGCAUACUGUCAUGAUAAGCAUGUGAUCCAUCGGGAUAUCAAGCCAGAGAACUUGUUGCUCGAUCAUGAGGGUCGUCUGAAGAUAGCCGACUUUGGAUGGUCUGUUCAGUCAACAAACAAGAGACACACAAUGUGUGGAACAUUGGACUAUUUAGCACCAGAGAUGGUAGAGAAUAAAGCUCAUGAUUAUGCAGUUGAUAAUUGGACGUUAGGUGUGCUCUGUUACGAGUUUCUGUAUGGCGUUCCGCCUUUUGAGGCAGACAGCCAAGCAGAUACAUUUCGAAGGAUUAUGAAGGUUGACCUCACUUUCCCUUCUACACCUUGUGUUUCUGCUGAAGCUCAAAACCUCAUAACCCGACUUUUAGUGAAGGAUUCCGCGAAAAGACUCCCCCUUCAGAAAAUCUUGGAGCAUCCUUGGAUCAUCAUGAAUGCUGAUCCUAACGGUACUUGCCCUAAAUAGAAUUUCUAGUUUCGUCUUGCCUCUGAUUAUGACUAUGAAGAAUUAUGACAAAAAAACGAACCACGAAUAUGCUAGAAUUUGGUAGCCAAUAGCUGCUUCUUUUGCUAGAAUUUAGUAUUAUUUCCAUCAUUGUUGUUUCUUCUAUAGGCUAGCACCAAGUUGGUUUUGUAAAUGAAGAAUGAAG